AUGGUCAACAUCAUGAAGCUAUGGAUAUCUCUGGUCAUGACAUUCGUCUGUGUGGUGCCACUGUUCGUGCUGGGAAGCCUGAGGAAACCCAAUGAAAAGGGUGAACUACAACUUGCAGAAUGCUGGGGACAGCCAAAUGUGGAAGAAUGUACCAAGACGUGUUCUAGAACCUUUAAGUGCAAAGAACCAAAUCACACGUGCUGUUGGACCUACUGUGGAAACAUUUGCUGGGAAAAUGAUGUGAGUUUGGUGGCAUCUGCUUAG